AUGGCUAAAGCUUAUAAAAAAGAAGAUUUUGAAUAUAUUAUGUCAAAGGUUGCUAAGGUUGAUCAAAGAGUUAAGGAAUAUUUGGAGGAAGCUGGGUAUGAAAAAUGGGCUCGAUGUCACUUGCCUAACAACGAAAUUGCAUCUUACACCAAUACAACUCUUGGAAGAAGAUUUGAAGAAAUACUGACUCUUAAUGGGGUUAAAGCUUUGCGGAUGACGGUUAAGCCAGUAGGUAGUUAUCUUUAUUGUGUAUAUAAUUCGGGAUGGAGGUACAUUAUCGAUAUUGAGCGUGACACGUGCAAUUGUGGUCGGUAUCAAAUUGAUGAAAUACCUUGUCCACAUGAAACUGCCGUAUUAAAAAGUAAAAAUGUGGAUGUAAAGGAUCAUGGUCGUCAUUGCUCUGAAUUGUACAGCCACACACCAUAG